GAGCCUGAGGUUUAACAAACACUUUACCCUCUUAUUCUAUUCUCCUCUUCUCUAGGGUUUUAACGUUAGGGUUUCACUCACACACACUCUCUCUGCUAAGCCAUGGAUAGGUACCAGAAAGUGGAGAAGCCUAAGCCCGAGUCCCCCAUCAACGAGAAUGAGAUCCGAAUCACCACACAAGGCGCUAUCCGCAACUACAUCACUUACGCCACUUCACUUCUUCAGGAAAAGAAUGCAAGAGAGAUUGUCUUGAAGGCAAUGGGACAAGCAAUCAGCAAGACUGUUGCCAUUGCGGAGAUUUUAAAGAAGAGAAUUCCCAGGCUGCACCAAGAUACUGGCAUCAGCUCAGUUAGCAUAACAGAUGUGUGGGAACCCAUUGAAGAGGGUCUUGUACCUGUGGAAAUGACUCGACAUGUUUCUAUGAUCUCAAUCACCUUAUCAACAAGAGAAUUGAACAAAAGUUCUCCUGGGUAUCAAGCUCCACAUAAUGUGGAACAACCAAAGCCACACUCCAAUUAUCAGCAGCAACCUAUAAAACCAGCACGGGUUCCAUAUAAUGCUGUAAAUGAAGACUCGUAUGGACGAGGAAGAGGCCGUGGUCGGGGGAGAGGGAGAGGAAGGAAUUGGGGAAGGGGUGGUUACGGCUAUCAAGGUGGUUAUGGAAAUUAUCAAGGUGGAUAUGGGUAUUACCAGCAGGGUGGGUAUGGAAAUUAUCAAGCAGAUAAUGGUGGAUAUUCAAACCGAGGACGAGGUGGUGGGCGAGGUAGGGGUUGGGGGUAUCGUGGUACUGGUUAUGAUGGUGGCAGGGGUGGAGGUGCAGGUUAUGAAGGUGGCAGAGGUGGGGGUAAUGAUUAUGAAGGAGGCAGAGGUGGUGGUUACGAAGGUGGCAGAGGUGGUGGUUACGAAGGUAGCAGAGGUGGUGGUUACGAAGGAGGCAGAGGUGGUGGUUAUGAAGGAGGAAGAGGUGGUUAUGAAGGUGGCAGAGGUGGUGGUUAUGAAGGAGGAAGAGGUGGUUAUGAAGGUGGCAGAGGUGGUUAUGGAGGCAGAGGUGGUUAUGAAGGAGGCAGAGGUGGUGGUUAUGAAAGAGGCAGAGGUGGAGGAAGGGGUUAUGGGCGUGGUAGGGGCCGAAUGGGUGGACGUAAUAGGGGUGGUGGCAACCAGGCAUGAUAGCAAAGGAUGGAUGCUACUAUUGUCAUUCUUGCUAAAUGCUUGCCUUGACAGUGCGGUUAAUGUUUUAAGAAUACUGUGUUGAUAGUGUGACGUGGUUCAUGAUCCAGCAUUAUUAAGCAGUAUUUUAUGUUUUUGUCAUGAAAUUGAUAUGGGCAAGGUUUUGUUCAUCUUUAGAUUUAGUUGCAAAGCUUCUUGGUUUUAUGAUUGCUGUAAUUCAUUUCAACUUUUAUGGUUGCCAACACCAUAUUUUUAUCUGUGUAUCUGGUUUAUAUAUGGUUUUAUUUUAAUCAAAAGUAGCUUUUCCAUUCAUAAACUUAUGGGGUUCAAAUAAAUCCAAGUAUAUACAUGUUUUUUUA